AUGUGUUGUGUACGGUCAACAGUAGGUGUUGCGUAUGGUCAACAACAGUACGGUCAACAACAUGUGUCGUGUACGGUCAACAACAGGUGUUGUGUACGGUCAACAGGAGGUGUCGUGUACAGUCAACAACAGGUGUCGUGUACGGUCAACAACAGGUGUUGUUUACGGUCAACAGCAGGCGUCGUGUACUGUCAACAGCGGGUGUCGUGUACGAACAACAGUAGGUGUUGUGUACGGUCAACAGGAGGUGUCGUGUACAGUCAACAGCAGGUAUCGUGUAGGGUCAACAACAUGUGUUGUGUACGGUCAACAGUAGGUGUUGCGUAUGGUCAACAACAGUACGGUCAACAACAGGUGUCGUGUACGGUCAACAACAGGUGUUGUGUACGGUCAACAGAAGGUGUCGUGUACGGUCAACAACAGGUGUCGUGUACGGACAACAACAGGUGUUGUGUACGGUCAACAGCAGGUGUCGUGUACUGUCAACAGCGGGUGUCGUGUACGAACAACAGUAGGUGUUGUGUACGGUCAACAGGAGGUGUCGUGUACGGUCAACAGCAGGUAUCGUGUACGGUCAACAACAUGUGUUGUGUACGGUCAACAGUAGGUGUUGCGUAUGGUCAACAACAGUACAGUCAACAACAGGUGUCGUGUACGGUCAACAACAUGUGUUGUGUACGGUCAACAGGAGGUGUUGUGUACGGUCAACCGCAGGUGUCGUGUACUGUCAACAGCGGGUGUCGUGUACGAACAACAGUAGGUGUUGUGUACGGUCAACAGGAGGUGUCGUGUACGGUCAACAGCAGGUAUCGUGUACGGUCAACAACAUGUGUUGUGUACGGUCAACAGUAG